GGCCGUGGAACCGGGCAUCAUUUGAGUGUAGAGACGAUAGAGAAAUUUUCGUUAACAACGUUGUAGUAGUGUGCACACAAUGCGUUGUUUAACUGUCUUCUCUACUGCUCUUGCGCUUUCCUUGGUACCUAGUGGUACCGAAGCUUUAAGUGAGGGGGAGUGUGAGGUAUGUAUCAGCUUCCUGGGGAGGUUUUAUCAGUCUCUGAAAGACAAUAAUGUGGAAUUCAACAGUGCAGUCAUUGAGAAGGAAUUGGUGAAGACAUGCAAAGAUGCCAGGGGCAAGGAAAACAGGCUGUGUUACUACAUGGGAGCAACGAGUGAUGCAGCCACUAAAAUCAUAAAUGAAAUCUCCAAACCUUUGAGCUACCAUGUACCUGUGGAGAAAGUCUGUGAAAAGCUGAAGAAGAAGGACAGUCAGAUCUGUGAACUGAAAUACGACAAACAAGUGGACCUGAGUAGUGUUGACCUGAAGAAGAUGAAAGUGAAGGACCUGAAGAAGAUUCUGGAAGAGUGGGGAGAGACAUGUAAAGGCUGUGUGGAGAAAUCGGACUUCAUCCGCAAGAUUAAUGAACUCAUGCCUAAGUAUGCCCCCACAGCAGCCAAAGCGCGGACAGAGCUCUGACUUCAGUCGAAGAAUCUACCUGGGGAGGGGCUCGUGGCUUUGGAGGUGGGGGAAUCUGUCACUGCCUGGUGGACCACCUGAUAGAGUAUGUGAAUUUUCUUCAUGGAGAGAUGGGCUUUAAUGAAAAGACAGAGUCUUCAUUUCAAAUGGAAGAGCACUUGUGAAGAAGUUGGAGAAAGCGGUGGUGUUUUUCAAUCAUAUUGAUCUU